AUGGAGACCAAGCGCUCAGCCAACUUCAAGAACUCACACGAGAAAGCCCGGUUUGAUUUGGUUGCGAACCUACUAGACCUCAACAGUGUUGAUAUCUGUGAGCAGGUCAAGCACCGAGUUGCUACGGUACCCUCUCCCUACACUGUCUCAUGGGCUACGGGAGAUGGUAGUCCAGAGGGUUGGGGAGAGGAAGAAGAGAAGAGGAAGAGGGGUGGGAGGCCUUUUAUACCCCGCGUACCUUCCUAA